AUGGCGUCCGCGCGCUACGCCUCCGCGCUCGCCGUCGCCUCCUCGAUCGGUUUCAUCGUCUUUGGCGUCACCGUUGCAAGUCAGUUCGUUCCAAUCGAUUCUCUCUACGCCUGGCACCCGACGCUCAUGAGCGUCGCGAUCGCGCUGUGUGGAACCUCCUCGGCGCUCGGCGUGUACGCGCGAACCAUCCCGCCGAGCAGCGCUCGAUUACGCGCAUUUUGGACGCACAUGGGCCUGAACGUGAUCGGGGGAUUAUGUUGGUUAUGUGGCGCGUACGCGAUUUACGCAAACAAGCGAAAAAGCGGCAAGGCGCACUUCACGUCGAAUCACGGCGUCGUCGGCGCUUUAGCGACUGCGGUAGUACUGUGCGCCGCGCUGCCGCUGGGUGACCUCUCGUUCGGUGCGCUCGGGAUGUUGGCUCGUAUCGACUCAAUUUUGGGUACGAGAUGGUCGAGGCACUUGGCGUCGGUCAAGCGGGCGCACCGCCUUUCGUCCCAUCUCGCGAUGUGCCUCGGUAUCGUCGCCGCGAGCAUGCGCACGGGACACAUUUCUAUAGGUUACGGCGAAGCCGGACGCGCCGUGGCCGAUUUCGCGCUGUGGGGCGGGGCGCUCGCGCUCGGGAUUUCAGCCGUGUCUACGCCCGAGUGGAAUCGCAUCAAGUGA